AUGGAUAUGGUGCAUCACAUAUAUCGUCUACUGCUCGGAGGGAAACUGUUUCUUGCUCCUAUCAGUGACAAUGUUCAGCGCGUGCUCGACCUUGGCACCGGAACAGGAAUAUGGGCAAUAGACUUUGCAGAUGAAUACCCGUCUGCAGAGGUUCUUGGGGUUGAUUUGAGUCCCAUUCAACCUAUUUGGACUCCGCCCAAUUGUAUUUUCGAAGUCGAUGACUUCGAGUCUGACUGGCUGUAUCGUAAGCCAUUCGACUACAUACAUGGCCGGGAACUAGAAGGAUGCAUAGCAAAUGAGGACGAACUAUUUCAACAGGCAUUCCGACAUCUUUCGUCUGGUGGGUAUCUCGAAAUGCAGGCCGUUGAUGGAUUCUUCCUAUCCGAUGAUGGCACAGCCCAGAUGGCCACUAAUGCCCAGGCAUGGAUCAAGAGUAUGCUCGAGGGCGCCCGGAAGUUUGGUAAACCUUUGGACAAUGCGUCGCUGUGGAAAGACAAAAUGGAGGAUGCAGGGUUCGUGGAUGUACAGCAAGAAGUCCACAAGGUUAGCAUGUUUUGA